UUUUCUUGCAAGGCACGGGUUUCAUCCUCAGCAUAAAUUUGAGGUGCAGGGAGAAGGGGGUGAGGCAUUUGGCCAUGGCUGUCUACCUGCUCCUGACUUUUCUCUUCUCUUUUAGCACGUCUCUUCAAAUAUCUGAUAGCGGAAUAUUUUCCAUCUAUAACGAAGAUAGCAAGCUCUGCGCCCAAGCUCAAAACUCCAGCUCAGUCAUAACUACGACUUGUGAUGAGCAUAAUGAGUUUCAAAAGUUCAGGUGGGUCUCUGCCACGCAGCUGCUGAGCAUGGCCCUCAAGCUGUGCCUGGGAGUGCUCACCAAGGACAACGAGGCAGCCAUCACGUUGGAAUCCUGCAACAGGACGAAUGAGCUCCAGUGGUGGGAAUGCAGAAAUGAGACACUUGCAACCCAUGGCAAGGAUUUAUUUUUCAACUAUGGCAAAGGGAAGGGGAAGAAAGUCAGGUUGUCCAGAUUAUCGGGCAAGGGGAGCAGGUGGAAAAUCCAUGGAACCUUAGAGAGCAUAUGCUCCCGGCGUUAUGAGGAUAUCUACACACUGGGAGGAAAUGCCUUUGGUGCACCUUGCAUGUUCCCUUUUAAGUUCAAGGGUAGAUGGUACGCUGAGUGCAUCCCCCGCAGUGACCAUGCGAGCUCUUUCUGGUGUGCAACUUCCUCAGAUUUUGAUAAAGACCAGUCUUUUGGAAAUUGCCCGCUAAAAGACACCAUCCACAGUGACCUUUGGAAAACAAAUCCCGUGACAGAAACACGCUACCAGAUAAACUCAGAAUCCCUUUUGACAUGGCAUCAAGCAAGAAAAAGCUGCCAGCAGCAGAAUGCAGAAUUAUUAAGUGUCACAGACCUUCAUGAAGGAAUGUAUUUACUAGGGAUCACCAGCAGCCUGGGUGUAGAUGCAAAGCUCUGGACUGGUCUUUUCAGUGCACUUGAUGGUGGCUGGCAGUGGGUUGGGGGCAGUCCCUUCAGAUACCUAAACUGGGCUCCAGGAAAUCCCUCUAUGGAAUCCGGAAAAAUAUGUGGGACCUUCCAAGGUAGGAACGGCAAAUGGGAAAACGAGGCGUGUGAUCGCAAACUGGGAUAUAUCUGCCAAAAGAGAAACUCCUCUUCAGAUUCCUCCACUAUUGCCUCUGGUGACUUAAAGCAUUUUAAGUGCCCCAGGGAAUGGGUGGCCUAUGCAGGUCAUUGCUACAGAAUUUACAAAACACCCAAAAUAUGGAAAGAAGCGCAGUCUUCCUGUAGAAAAGAAGAUGGAGAGCUGGCGAGUAUUCAUAAUAUUGAGGAGUACAGUUUUACAGUGUCUCAGCUUGGGUACAAGCCAGAGGAUGAGCUGUGGAUUGGUCUAAAUGACUUCAGGGUUCCAAUGUAUUUUGAAUGGAGUGAUGGGACACCUGUGACUUACACCAAAUGGCAUCGCGGAGAGCCCACCCACACGCGGAAUAAGGCAGACUGCAUCGUUAUGAAGGGAGAGGAUGGAUCCUGGGCUGACAGAGCUUGUGAAGUGAAACUCGGUUAUGUUUGUAAAAGGAAACCUUUGGCAGAAGAAUCAGGGGAAGCUGAAGUUACUUACCCAGGCUGCCAGAAAGGCUGGAUGAAGCACGGCUUCUACUGUUACUCCGUGGGGCAGUUACCAGCAACCUUCUUAGAAGCAAAAAAAAUCUGUGAAGAAAACCAAAGUUACCUGGCUUCUGUGAGAGACAGAUAUGAACAAGCUUUUUUCACUUCUGUAAUUGGAUUCAAUCCAGCAAAGUAUUUCUGGAUUGGUCUCUCAGAUACAGAGGAGCAGGGGACGUUCAAGUGGGCCAGCGGGGAUGUUGUCACCUUCACCCACUGGAACACGGGGAUGCCUGGAAGGGAGUCAGGCUGCGUGGCCAUGACGACAGGAACUUCUGCUGGAUUAUGGGAUAUAUUGAACUGUGAAGAAACAAACCUGUUUCUCUGCAAGCAGCUGGUAGAGGGAGCGACUCCCCCUCCUCCUCCAACGGUGCUCCCUCUCCCAUCGUGCCCAGAUGGGUGGCAAUCAGUUUCUCAGAGCAGCUUCUGCUUCAAAAUUUUUCAGCGAGGAAGGGAGAAAAUGGAAACAUGGUUUGGUGCAAGAGAUUUUUGCAGAGCCAUUGGAGGAGAUCUGGCAUGUAUCCACAGUGAAGAAGAACAAAAUCUAAUAAUUAGCUUAUUCAGAAGGAGAGAAUAUAUUCACUUUUCUUACUGGAUGGGUUUAAGUGCCUUGGACUCCGAUGGCGGAUUUAUAUGGAGUGAUGGCUCACCAGUAAAUUUUGAAAAAUGGGCACAUGGAGAACCAAACAACUAUGAUGGAAAUGAAAAAUGUGGUGUGUUUAGUGGCUACAAUAAUAUGAACUGGAAUGAUUUAUAUUGUGAAUAUAUGCAGGACUAUGUUUGCCAAAUCAAAAAAGGAGCACCACUGAAACCAGAGCCUAGUUCCACAUUCAAUUAUUCAUAUGUUGUUGGUGAAGAAGACUGGAUAGUAUAUAAUCACAAGGAAUACUACUUCAGCAAGGAUCCAAUGCCUAUGGAAAAAGCUAGGGACUUCUGUAAGAAGAAUGGUAGUGAUCUUGCUGUCAUUGAGAGUGAAAGUGAAAGAAAUUUUCUUUGGAAAUACACUUUCUAUAAAGACUGGGGAAAUAACUUUUACAUUGGCUUAAGUGUGAGCCUUGAUAGGACAUUCCGGUGGAUGGAUGGAACUCCAGUGAACUAUGUUGCCUGGGCUCCAAAUGAACCCAAUUUUGCAAAUAAUGAUGAAAACUGUGUGGUCAUGUAUGCCCAAACAGGUACAUGGAAUGAUCUCAACUGUGGCAGUGUUGAGUUAUUUAUUUGUGAAAGGCUUAACAGUACUAUUCGUCCAACUGUUGCUCCCACUUCACCACCACCAAAGGGUGGGUGUCCAGAAGACUGGCUCCUCUUUGAUAACAAGUGUUUCAAAGUAUUUGGCCUUAAUGAAAAUGACACAUUGACAUGGCAUGGUGCGCGGAACAAUUGCAUUGAUUUUGGAGGAAACCUGGCUACUAUAUCAAAAAAGGAAAUACAAGCUUUCCUCAUGUCCCUCUUAAAAACUGCUGCAACUGAUGCUUGGAUUGGACUGAAUGACAUAAAUCAGGAGCACACAUACUUAUGGACAGAUGGAAGCCCAGUUUACUAUACCAAUUGGGGAAAAGGUUCUCGAAGUUAUUACAGUAAGGAUGACUGUGUUUUUAUGACGAAGAACCCUAUUGAACAGGCAGGGAAAUGGAAAGAUGAAGAAUGUAAAGCGAGCAAAAGCUACAUAUGCCAGAAAAAUUCUGACCCCAAAUUGCCAAACUCCCAACCCGUAGUUCCAAUGUUUGGCUUUAACAAUUAUGGUGAUGACCGUUAUGCAGUCAUCAACUACAAAAUGACCUGGGAAGAAGCACAGAAGAACUGCAGAGACCAGUCUGCAGAACUCGCCAGCCUUUUGGACCCUUAUGCAGAAUCUUACCUCUGGUUACAAAUACUAAAGCACGGGGAGCCUGUAUGGAUUGGUCUCAGCAGCAACAUGACUCAUGGCCAUUACGUAUGGUCAGAUAGAAGAAGGAGCCGGUAUCAUAAUUGGGACAGUGGAGAGCCAAAUAAGAAUGCAGCCUGUGUCUACCUAGAUUUGGAUGGUUUUUGGAAGACAGCGUCUUGCAAUGAAACAUUUUUAUCUCUCUGUAAACAAUCUGAUGAGUUAAUCCCUACUGAACCACCACAGCUUCCUGGAAGGUGUCCUGAACCGAAGUAUGGUAGAUUUUGGAUUCCCUUCCGUGGUCAUUGCUACUAUCUUCACACCAUUUCUGAGAAAAGCUGGCCUGAUGCUUCCAUGACAUGUAUUCAAAUGGGUUCUUCUCUGGUUUCCAUAGAAGAUUCAGAUGAACUGAACUUUCUCUUGCUUCAUUUGUCUCCAGUGGCAAAUGAAUUCAGAAAGUUUUGGAUAGGAUUGUUCAAAAAUAUUGAUGGAGAAUGGAUAUGGAUAGACAGGAGUGCAGUAGAAUUUGUCAACUGGGAGAAAGGAGAGCCUAGAGUAAUUUUUGAUGAACACUGUGUUGAUAUGGAUGUCUCAAGUGGAACCUGGAGGAACUAUUACUGCUCUAUUGACCAGAACUUCAUUUGCAAAAUUCCCAAAAUUACUGAAGUUGAACCGACCCAUGAUUCACCUGUCAAUAAAGCAUCAAAAAAUGAAGUCACUGCUACAUCCUCAAACAGCUUAGGCGGGAUGAUUGUUAUACUGGUCCUCCUUCUUCUAACAGGAACUGGCCUUGCGUUCUAUUUCUUGUAUAAAAAGAGACGUGAUCGGCAAACGUUUACAGCCAGUUUUGGCAAUGCCAUAUACCGUGGUGAUGGUGACCCUGGAACUCAUGAAUCAAAUUGUCUUGUGACCAAUAUUGAAGAAAAUGAGCAGGCAACAGUUUAGUAAACAUGGUAGCCUUGGGCCUGAUUUUGAAAGUAAUUAAAACUCUGGAAUAUAAGAAUUCUUAAGGCAAAAUGGUUUUCCCUACGGAAAUUCUAGUUCAUUUUGCACAGGACGCUUCUUCCUCUCUGUACUAGCAGGAACAAGCAAUCUUGCAAGGCAGAUCUAGAGAUUUGCUCACAAAAGUAGUACCUGGGAGGACUGCUGAGCAUUGACAUAGAGCUGGAGCUACGCUGUCUAAGUGAACACUCAGGCAGUUCCAGUCACUGCAUGGGUCCAGCAUCACCUUUAGGUAUAAGGAGAACCAUGUUGACCACAGUCAACUGUGAGAAUAAGCUCCUUAGCAUGCUCCAAAAAGUGCAAGCAGAUCUGUAGGCAUCCUGAAAACGCCACCCCUGAACUCCAGAGCAGGCUGGCAGAAUUGCACAGGUUGGACAGGACCUCCAACUCAACCAGUGCAGGUUCCUGCUCAAAGAAGACCAGCUCCCUGCCCCAGCUGGUGUGAGUCCACUUCUUCCUUUUGCUACUGAGGUACUCGCAGAAACCCUCAUGCUGCCUGUAAUACCAGAAUUAACACAUUUUCCUCCUCCGUAUAUGGCUGAUAGAAAGGAAAGUGUAAUUUUUUUUUUUUACUUCUGCUAUAAUUCUGUAACAUCAGCAAUGAGGUUUGAAUGUAUUGUGAAUAGAAAUAUUUUAUCAUUUAAAUAAUAGAGAAGGGGUCCCAAAAGGUUCUGCAAAAGGGAGGGAAUAGGCAGGAUGAAUUAUACUUAAUUCAUAUCUGAAAAAUUUACAUAAAAUUUAUUCUUGAAAUGGCCAGUAUCAGUGAAGAUUACAUACUUUUUUAGCCCAUUUUUUCGAAGCCUAAUGAAACUUACUAUUAGAAAGUCUUCUCUACUUGCUAGCCAAAUUCCCCCCACCCACUGUU